GCCGGCCCCGGAACCACAUGUGACACGUUAGGAGGGACGGACUCUCAAGGAUGCUUCUUGGCCAGAAAGAGGAGGAGGAGGAAAGGGAAGUGGAAAAAGUGGCGGCGACACCUCCCGGCGGCUUAGCCCAGCCGCAGGCGUUGCCCUGCCCGGCCAUGCCCCAGAAGGGAUUCUCGGGCUUGGACCAGCGGGAUUCCGCGGGAGCGAAGCAAGACUCUGUCAGCAGCUUGGAGGAAAAGAUUGUAGCCAAACCAGAGAAAACACCAAUUCAGCUGUUACAUGAGUACGGAAUAAAAACCAAUGUCACUCCUGUGUAUGAGUUUGAAAAGACUGAGGGACAGGUGCAUCUGCCCAUCUUCACCUUUAAAGUUACCGUGGGUGAAAUAACUGGAACAGGAAAAGGUCCCAGCAAGAAAAUUGCAAAACAUAGAGCUGCAGAAGCUGCGCUGAUCAUUUUAAAAGGCGUCUCUAAUUUAGGUAUUUCUAUACCAAACCACAAAAUCCCUGAAUCUUGCAAUCAAGCACAGAAGCAGACCAGUCCUAUUGGAUUGUUGCAGGAAAUGGCUAUUCAUAAGGGAUGGAGACUUCCUGAAUAUUCACUUGCACAGGAGACGGGACCGCCGCAUAUGAGAGAGUUUACAAUGACUUGCAGGGUAGAAACGUUUGUAGAAACAGGGACAGGGACAUCUAAAAAAUUAGCAAAGCGAAAUGCUGCCGAGAAAUUACUUGCUAAAUUCCAGAGUUUUUCAGGAGACUGUAUCAAUAUUUCUUUAGGAAAUGAACAAAGGCAUAAUUUGGGAUGUACAUGGGAUAGCCUUAGGAACUCUACUGAAGAAAAAAUUACAUUGCUGAAGAUGAAUCCACUCAGUAUUCCUAACACAGAUUAUGUCCAACUCCUCAGUGAAAUUGCAGAAGAACAAGGCUUUAAUACAGCAUAUCUGGAUAUAGAGGAGCUGAGUGUAAAUGGACAGUACCAGUGUCUUGCAGAACUUUCUACGAAUCCAAUCACAGUUUGCCAUGGGACUGGAAUCUCCUGGGGCAAUGCUCACAACGACGCAGCCCACAAUGCAUUGCAGUAUUUAAAGAACAUGGCUGGAAGGAAAUAAGCUUCAAGCAAAAAAAGAGAGAGAGUUGUUGAAAACUCGCAUCAGACAACUGAUCUAUAAUUAUGUGUUGUAACAGAACAAUAAAUUCAAUCUGUUACUGCA